CUGCAGGUGGAUGUGAGAGGCACCCGGGAAACAGACCAGUUCUCUGCAUCAUGGCUUCCACAGCGGUGCUCCUACUUCAGCUGCUCCUGGUCUCACUGGCGUCUGCAUCACAUCACUUUGGGGGAUUGGCGACCUACACCUACAGAGGACAAAACCCUGAUGGAACCUACAAGGUGGACCUUCGCAGCAGGUCAACCUCCAGGUGGUGUGGGCACGUCUACUGGUGGAACUGCUAUGGGAGCAACUGUGGCAUUGUCUAUGGCAGUUCGUCGGGUAUGGUUGACAGGCAGACCAACAUAUCACGAUACUACGGAGGCUCUUGUGAGACUGAAAGAGUUUUCACGACUAAUGUUCGCAGUGACAAACCUUUUCAGAUGAGGGCAAGUAGCUGCUGUUGGGUGAGAACGGCCAAUAAUGUUGGCAGCUGGCAUCUACUGACUGAAGUAGAUCUGGGAAAGAGAUCUGACACAAGGAAACCAAACAGAUCACCAGACAUCGGCAUCCUACCUAUCCUCCGAGUUCCUCAGAACUGCCCUCGGACAUACAAGCUCACGUCUUUUGAUCCUGAUGGGGACAAAGUUCAAUGUCGGUAUGGAAACGUCAGGGGGAGGGAGUGCAACUCGUGCAACCUGCCACCAGGCUUCCUCUUAGACCAGGGAUCUUGCACAUUGCACUACAACUACACCCGAGCCAACAGCAACGUUUUUGGACUUGAGUUGGUGGUGGAGGAUUUCCCACAAGGCCACAUCAAUCUGCAAUACGCAGACGGAUCCAGAUCCUACAGGGCUCCGAUGACCGUGAGGAGACGAAAGAGAUCCUAUUACCAAUACCCGUACCAAACCACAACCUCGUACCAAACCACAACCUCAUACCCAACCACAACCCCACACCCAUCCACAACCACAACACCAUACCAAACCCAUUACCCAUACCCAUACCACACCACAACCCCAUACCCAACAACAACCCCAUACCCAACCACAACAACAACCCCAUACCCAACCACAACCCCUUACCCAACCACAACCCCACACCCAUCCACAACCACAACACCAUACCAAACCCAUUACCCAUACCCAUACCACCCGUACCCAUACCCAUAUCCAUACCACACCACAACCCCAUACCCAACCACAACCCCAUACCCAACCACAACAACAACCCCAUACCCAACAACAACAACAACCCCAUACCCAUACCACCCGUACCCAUACCCAUAUCCAUACCACACCACAACCCCAUACCCAACCACAACCCCAUACCCAACCACAACCCCAUACCCAACCACAACCACAACCCCAUACCCAACCACAACCCCAUACACAACCACAGCCGCAACCACAACCACAACCCCACACACAACAACAACCCCAUACACAACCACAGCCGCAACGACAACCACAAGCCCACACCAAACAACAACCACAACCCCAUACACAACCACAGCCGCAACCACAACCACAAGCCCACACCCAACCACAACCAAAGCACCAUACACAACCCCAUACACAACCACAGCCGCAACCAUAACCACAAGCCCACACCCAACCACAACCACAACACCAUACACAACCACAACCCCAUACACAACGACAGCCGCAACCACAACCACAAUCCCACACCCUACCACAACCACAACUCCCUACUCAACCACAACCUCAAACCCAACCACAGCUCCUCUCAGCAAACUUCCUCUGCAAUUCUCUGUUCUUGUGGACCCCCCCGCUCCAUCCUGUCAGGAGGGAGAUUUCCUGCCCAAGCUUCUGCCCCCAACACCUGAAAAUAGAGAUCGUUUCCAAGCAGAGGUCUACAAGGAAUUGGAAAUCAGAGUCAAAGCUCAGGCCAAACAUGCAACAAUAAAUAAUAUCAUCGUCAGUGGGCCAGCGAACAUCAGCAAGCACCAGAACACACAGGGAGAGUUUGUCCUCAGGUGGACUCCGCUCCCAGAUGACCACGGACAACAUUUCGUGAUCUGCUUUGCUGUUGAAGCAGUCAAACCGCCUGCCGUCUAUCAGUCCGAGAUGAGGUGUGUUCUUGUGGAAGCCAGGAGUGAAAUAGUUAAAUCCCAUGUGAUCUGCAACGAGUCCUCAAUGACAGUAUCGGUUGAGAAAGCCUCAUUCCCUCGACUCAGUGAGGAUCAUAUGCAGCUCAAUGAUCCCUCCAACACGGCCUGCAGCCUCCAGAGACACUCCAACAGCACUCACAUCAUCGCCAUCAUCCCCCUCAACGCCUGCGGCACUCAGAUCGAGGAAGACGAGGAGAACCUCAUCUUCAAGAACGAAAUCACCACGCUGGACAACCCCGGAGACCUGAUCACCAGAAAGCACCAGAUGGAGGUGCAGUUCUACUGCCAGUACCCAAAACAAGGCAACGUGUCAUUGAGCUUUGUGGCACACAGGAAGAACAUCACUGUGUGGGAGAAGGGCUUCGGCACGUUCACCUACCAGUUUGAGUUCUACCCUAACAACCAGUUCCAAACCAUGAUUGAUCCAGCAGCAUAUCCUCUAGAGUACGACAUUGGGAACAGGAUUUACAUGAAGAUCAAGGCCACCUCCUCGGUCAACAACACACAGCUGUUUGUGGAGUCCUGCCGAGCUGCACCAUACGACAACCCCAACUACCGCCCAACCUACUCCAUCUUUGAAAAUGGGUGUCAAAUGGAUCCAACUCUUCAGAUCCACUCCCCCGCUGACCAGAAAGAAUUCAAGUUCAGCAUGGAGGCCUUCAAGUUCAUCGGACUGAACAAUCAAGUGUACAUCAGCUGCUCGGUCAUGAUGUGUGAAGCAGGGAAUUCGGACACCAGGUGUUCCAAAGGUUGCAUCAACUCUACGUCGACAAGCCCCUCACGCUCCAAGAGAGAGGCUGUCAUCCAGAGUGCCAGUCACUUCGUUUCCCAGGGGCCAUUGCGCUUACGGAGAUCGGCAGAGAGCGUCAGAGCCACAGCGACCAACCUGAAUCUGAACCUGGUGUUCAUCGCUGGAUGUGUUCUGGCAGCCGUCGGCAUGGUCUGCGGAGUGGUCAUGUACAGAGCCAAAGUGUCAAAGGUCAAAUACCAGCCUUUGCCAACAUUUGAGAGUUAAAUCAGCAGCGUGUGUGAAAUACCUGUUUUAUAUUGAUCACUUCAGACUGUACCAAGUCUUCUUUCAUGGUUUUUGGUGGGGGUUUAUGUCUCUAAUCAGGUGCAAAUGCGAGCAGAAGGAUUUCAUAUCAAAAUCCUCGUGAAUGUCUUCAGCUUUUUGUAAGGUUUAACUUUUAUAUUGAACAAAUCUGAAAGGUGUGUGGUGUUUACAGGUGGGAUCUGAUUUGGUUUUAUAACUGUUCCAUUUGUGAUGUGUUACAAUAUGAUUUAAACAAGUAUUCUGAUUGAAAUGUGUGUUUCCACUUGCCAACACAAACAUUUAUCAUGUGUCUGAAUACAUAUGAGGUUUAUAUACUGUAUCUCUGUUUCACACAAUGAAGUGUUUGUCAAUGCAAAGUCAUUCAGGGAAGUUUCAGAUGGUUGAGUGUGGUUGAUGUCGCUCUGAGUUGUAUAUGUACAUUAAAUAUCAAGUUGCAAACA